CCAUGGCCUCUAACGAUCCCGGUCUUGCACAGUUAGGUGCAGAGGCCAACGAGCCCAUCAAAGGAGCAGUCCACAGAUCAAUCGACCUCGAGGGAGCCGAAUGUUCAGUGGCACCCGACCAGUUAGACGAACGCUACGAGACUUCGCGUUGGGAGAUCUGGUCUUGGUAUUUAUACUACGUUGGAGCACGAACUAAUAAGNCAAACGGUCUUUCGUUGUUCAACUUUAGUCCAUCUGCCUUCCAAUCUCUACUAUACCAGAAAGCUGGAGAUAGCGAGAUCUUGUACUUCCUUGGGUCCGAUCGCACAAUCAACUCCAUUGUGCUACUCAGCAACGGAAUAUCCUUUGCCAUACAGGUUGUUCUGUUCUUGAUCUUGGGAGCUUACGCAGACUUUGGUACACUACGUUCCAAGAUUUUGAUCGGACUUUCCGUUAUUGCCUAUGCCAUUGGCUUCGCAUGGCUCGGCGUACAUACACCAGAAAAGUGGCAGAUCGGAACUGGCUUAUACAUCGUAGGACUGAUCGGAUACCGUGCCAUCGCAGAACUCACGCUUAGCUUUUGGGCAGCUAGUUUUCCACUUUUGGCUAGAAACACCAAGGAAAUCCGAGAAAAGGCACGGGAUUGUGCAGACGGUAUUAUCACUCGUGAAGAGUACGAUCAUGCAGACAGCAUGAAAAGGAACGAGUUAAGCAAUGCUAUUAUCGUUGGGAUCAUGUUUGCAAUGCGUGUAGAUGAGUCUACCGCAAACAACAACUAUGGAUUUUCUGUCCUGAUUGCCUUCAGCAGUGGCGUAUGGCUGCUCCUGUCGAUUCCCUGGUUCUUCAUGGAGAAGAAAAGACCUGGCAUGCAAAUAGACUCGUCGAUCUUGGCUGCUGGUGUCUCACAACUCUGGUACGCUGUCACCCAGAUCUGGCAGCUCCGACAAUCUUUCUGUUACCUCAUUGGAUAUUUCCUACUAGGAGACUCGCUGAACACCAUUGUGACGGUCAUUGGCACUCUUCAGAAUGCUGUGGUCACUUACAAUACGCUCGAGUUGACAUAUCUUCUCCUCGUCGGUAUUGCCGCUCAGGCAGUGGGAAUUGGCGGUUUCUGUAAGCGAAACUGGAUCUGUCUUUUAUAUGUUUUUGCUAAAUAUGUUAGGGNNUUUGUACAAAGGCGCUAUGGACUUUCUACAAAGACAAUGUUCAACGCUGUUGCUAUUGGAAUCAUUCUGCUGGCCGCCUGGGGCAUGAUUGGUAUUUUUACUCAGCAAGUCUUCUAUGGCCUUUUCGUCUGUCCAUGGUACUCCUACAGUUUGGUCAUGAUCUCAGAGGUUACUCCACGUGGCAAGGAGUAUCUGUUCUUCUCCUUGUUCUCCAUGGUUGGCAAGACGUCGGCCUUCAUUGNNGGUAAGCACAUUGAGGGUGUAGAUUUUUAUAAGAACUUGCUAACUCUGCCUCCUAGUCCUCUUGUUUCGUCGGCAAUCAUUGAUGCAAGUCCUUCGCACAACAACAGCACACCCUUCUACUUCCUGCUCGCUCUCAGCUUGGUCAGCUUCUUGUUCAUCUUCUUCUUCGUUGACUUGAGCAAGAGUCAAGUCGAGCAGGCUGAGUUUUUGCGCAAGGAGAAAGAGGCUCGCGGCAAGGAUGUC